AUUGUUUGUCCUGAUGUGUUUUCAGAAUCUCAUACUGCAAAGGAUUGAUGGUCAGAUCAAGUGUAUUAAUGAAAUGUGCAACAUGAUGUCUCUUGAUCUUAAGAAGACAUUAUAUGAAGUUCAUCCCAGCUUUGUUGAAUUGGAAAGAAUCAAAUCCAUGAGUAUAAGUGAUAGCACACUUGAUAGGCUUGCAGGAAAAAUUCAUGCACUAAAUCAAGAAAAGAAACAGAGGCUCCGGAAGCUACAAGAUCAUGGAAGCACACUCAUUGAGUUAUGGAGUCUAAUAGACACACCAUUAGAUGAACAGAAAUGCUUUGAUCAUGUUACUUCUUUGAUUUCAGUCUCACAAAAUACAGCGAUGCCCCAAGGAUGCCUUGCACAUGACCUUAUUAAGAAGUAAUUGUCAUGUGAAAUUCCUUUCCCCCGUUGUUUGGGUAGAGGUUGAGGUCAAGAGACUGAAGCAUUUGAAAGCUCGCAAAAUGGAAGAGCUUGUCUUAAAGAAAAUGACUGAGCUUGAAGAAAUCUACAAAAGUGUUCACAUGUACAUUGACAGCAAUCAUGAGUGGCAGAUUCUCACUGAACUUAUUGAUUCUGGUUCACUUCUUUCCCAUGCUUUUCAUCCUGAAGAUACAUAACUGAAGUUAUUAUAUACAGUUUUGUUUCCAUUAAGAACUACCCGAUGCAUGAGCUAACUGGUGCUCCUUAGUUAUAUAAGGUUGCUGUUUCUGUCUCAUCUUAAAAUUCUGUGAAUUUCUUAGUCAAAUUCAAUGGUAGGUUCUGCAACUGUCUUUCAACUUUGUGCCUUCUAAGUAUCAGCUUGAAUAUUUAGGCAGAUCAAUUUGGAUACAAAAAUUGAAUAAGCUCUUAUGAAAACUAAAAGGGAAAAAAUAUUGCAACUUUGCAAGUCAUUGCGUCUCUCCUUCAAAGGACGAUUGCACAUUCAUGCUCUAGGAUUUUUUUUACUGAGCUCACGGUUGUGAACUCUAUAUUUCCAUUUCUUUGGUAGUGAUAUUUGGUUAAGCUGGAGGUCCUAGCUAUAGAACAUCAACAGUGUAAAGUAUAUGC